CAGCUGAAGUCAAACGGAAGUAGUUUGCGCUGCCACUUCCGCUUAUCUCGCCAUAGCGAGUUGUCUGGUUGUGUUCUUUACAUCACCGCUGUUCUGGUCAAGAAGGCCAAAUAGCGACAAGCGUUAUGUUGCGUCUGCCAACCGUCGGGCGAGCUCUCGCCGGAGCAGCCAAAGGCAGCCUGGCUCCCUCCAACACUGUGCGUACACCAGUGCGUGCUGCCAGUAACAUGGUGGAAGUGUUUGUGGAUGGGAAACCAGUGGAGGUGGAGCCUGGAACCACUGUCCUGCAGGCCUGUGAGAAGGUGGGCGUCCAGAUCCCCAGGUUCUGUUACCAUGAGCGUCUCUCAGUGGCUGGGAACUGCCGCAUGUGUCUGGUCGAGAUUGAGAAAGCACCAAAGCCAGUGGCAGCCUGUGCCAUGCCAGUCAUGAAGGGCUGGAACAUCCUCACCAAUUCAGACAAGACACGUAAAGCCAGAGAGGGAGUGAUGGAGUUCCUGUUGGCUAACCACCCACUGGACUGUCCCAUCUGUGAUCAGGGAGGAGAGUGUGACCUCCAGGAUCAGUCGAUGCAGUUCGGUUCAGACCGCAGUCGUUUUUCAGAGGGCAAGAGAGCCGUGGAGGACAAGAACAUCGGGCCGCUCAUCAAAACCAUCAUGACCCGCUGCAUCCAGUGCACACGCUGCGUCCGUUUUGCCAGCGAAAUCGCCGGCGUUGAGGACCUGGGAACGACGGGGAGAGGAAACAACCUGCAGAUCGGCACAUAUGUGGAGAAGAUGUUCAUGUCGGAGCUGUCCGGCAACGUUAUCGACGUGUGUCCUGUCGGUGCGCUUACCUCCAAGCCUUAUGCUUUCACCGCACGGCCAUGGGAGACCAGGAAAACAGAGUCAGUGGACGUGCUGGAUGCAGUGGGGAGCAACAUCGUGGUGAGCACCAGAGGAGGGGAGGUGAUGAGAGUGAUGCCCCGACUGAACGAAGACGUCAACGAGGAGUGGAUCUCUGACAAGACCAGGUUUGCCUAUGAUGGUCUGAAGAGGCAGAGGUUGACCCAGCCAAUGGUGAAGGACAGCUCAGGUCAGCUGACCCCAAGUACAUGGGAGGACGCUCUCACACGUGUGGCCGGAGCACUGCAGGGCGUGCAGGGCAGUGAGGUAGCAGCCAUAGCAGGAGGCAUGGUGGACGCUGAAGCUCUGGUCUCCCUCAAAGACCUCCUCAACAGAAUGAACUCAGAAAACCUCUGCACCGAGGAGCUGUUCCCUAUGGCUGGGGCAGGCACUGACCUGCGCUCCAACUACCUGUUAAACACUGGCAUUGCUGGCAUUGAGGACUGUGACCUGCUGCUGCUCAUCGGAACCAACCCACGCUACGAAGCCCCACUCUUCAACGCCCGCAUCCGCAAGAGCUGGCUCCAUAAUGAGCUGCGUGUGGCCUUGGUGGGCCGCAGCGUCGAUCUGAGCUACACAUACGACCAUCUGGGAGAGGAGGCUGCAGUGCUGCAGGAGCUGGCUAAUGGUACACACCCCUUCUGUCAGGUCCUUUCAUCUGCGAAGCGCCCAGUGGUGGUGGUGGGCAGCUCCUCCCUGCAGAGGGAAGAUGGAGCAGCCAUUUUGAGCGCGGUUUCCACCAUUGCCCAGAACGCCAGAACCAGUAGUGGAGUUGAGGAGGGAUGGAAAGUCCUCAAUGUCCUGCACAGGGUGGCCAGUCAGGUGGCAGCGUUGGACCUGGGCUACAAGGCCGGAGUGGAGGCCAUCAGGAAGAACCCGCCUAAAGUCCUGUUCCUGCUGGGAGCCGACGCCGGCUGCAUCACCAGAGCCGACCUGCCCAAAAACAGCCUCGUCGUCUACCAGGGUCACCAUGGCGAUGUGGGAGCCCCGAUGGCAGACAUCAUCCUGCCCGGCGCAGCGUACACAGAGAAAAACGCCACCUAUGUGAACACGGAGGGGCGGAGCCAGCAGACGCGGGUGGCCGUCACCGCUCCUGGAAUGGCCAGGGAGGACUGGAAGAUCAUCAGAGCCAUAUCUGAGCUGGCUGGUGUGACUCUGCCCUAUGACAGUGUGGACGAGGUGCGGUCCAGACUAGCAGAGGUCUCUCCUAACCUGGUGCGCUACGACGACGUGGAGCAGGCCAACUACUUCAAACAGGCCAACGAGCUCUCCAAGGCGGUGAAUCAGGCGCUCCUGGCAGCUCCUCUGGUGCCGCCUCAGCUCACAGCAAAGGACUUCUACAUGACAGACUCCAUCAGCAGGGCUUCCCAGACCAUGGCCAAAUGUGUCAAGGCCAUCACAGAAGGAGCCAAUGCCAUCGACGAGCCUUCUAUCUGCUGAACACACACUCACACACAUACACACACACACGUGGUGUCUCUCCUUAAUUUAAAGUUGUCUUGUUGUUAAUCAUUUUCACUCCUGAGUUCACGGGAGGGAAGAUGCUUUGUUGGAAAAAGCUGGGAGACUUAAGAAAUAUGAAUAAAACCCUAUUAAAUUGUAUCUUUACUCUGA